AUGUCACCGGGAUACUUUCAAAUGCUUCCAGAAUCCGCGCUCGAUUCUCUCCGCGCCUUUUUGCGGUCUGCACAGGGAAUGAAGUCAGCAGACUGGGAGAUCUACCUCAAAUACUAUCCCAAGAACUCCCUUGAUCACACCCAGACCGAGCUCCUCCGGAAGGGCAUCAGUCAACUGGGAGGCAAGAUCCAUUCCCAUGAUUACAGAGGACCCAUGAUGUGUUCGAGACCUGUAGUCUUCCUUCGCUUCUUCAAGUGUCUGCAACACUGUUUCCCAUGA